UUCGGAAGACACGAGUUUGGAUGGUUUAAUUUGGUAUAAUAUCUACAUAUUUCUGUUGUGUGUUAAAAAUGGCAAAGAGUUUCCGAGAAAUUGUAAGUGAUGAAGACGCAUUGAUGGAAUUAUUGCACAUCGCCGAUACUCGUGCAAUCGAUGGAGAUGGUGUGGUCAGUCUACGAGAUUUUGAUGACAUUUGUGCAAAAAUAGCCACAAUCAAUACAGUCAAUCCGAAGACAUAUUCUCGUCGUAUCGCGUGGACAUUGAUCAGUCGAUUGCUUCUGGGCCUCACAUCGUAUUUGGACAUUUGUGUGCAAAACUGUUUUGAGGAAAGUCUCAAGCUCAAUCAACAAUUGGGAAGUAAUUUGGUUAUGGUAAAAUCGAAACGCAAAACUUUACUUGUCGAAUCCCAAAAGGCAAAGAAACAACGGAUAACCAUUGUUGCAAAAGAAACAACCAAUGUUGACUGGAAUCGAUUGUGGGAAGAACCGUUAGAAUUGGACAGCGAAGAAUUGACACAACCAGAUUUGACUUUAGUUUCGAUUGAUAAGAUCACACUGCGUGAAAUCGAACCACCAACAGUGUCGUCGGGUCUUAUUGACAUUCAUGAUUCGAUUGGGUUUGAUGGAUCGGGUGAUGUUAUUUUUGAUUCGCAUUUGGAACCAUUUGAUGAUGGUAGUUUUGGCGCGAAUAUGAUUGUCACAUGUCGUUCAUUUGAUGAAAACAUGAAUGAUAUAACUAUACAGUCAGCAUUUGAAGACACAAUUUCCACUCUUGCUGCACUAGGAAAAUCACCGAAAUCACUAGUACUGCCAAAUUCACCGGCAUCGUCAAACUUAUCAGCACCGCAAAGUCCAGUCCAAAAACUAACUGUGAAUGAUCGACGACGCACUGAAAAUCCAUUGAGUGUAUUGAAAUCAACACCGUUUGCACCACCAAAUAUUGCAGCAUUAGCAAAGAAAGGAAAGUGUCGAAAAGUGACCAUUUUCAAAGACGAAGACGACGAAAAAAUCAUCGCCGGCGAUGUGAUGAAAAAACGUAUUUCGAACACAACAGCCAGUUGCAAGGCUCGAAAAUCCGAUCUGUUCACCAAAGAAAAACUACAGAAACUGAAGCUGAACGAUAUGUUUACGGCUCCCGCUAUUCGUGGUACGCCUAAUCAAAAAUUGUUCGCACGCAGUGCAAAAACUCGACUGGUCAUCGAAGUCGAUUGGACAACGAUACAAGAUGCCUUUGAUUCUGGUAUUCGGGAUGAUAACGGAACGAAAUUAUCGGAAGAAAUCGAUAUUUUGCAAAAUGAAAAUGGCAAUAUUUCGCGCCGCACUCGAAGCCAAUCACGAAUGUCAAUGUCAUUCAAUGGACCAAUGUUGAAUCCGGUACUAUCAUCGACACCAAUUAAUCCAUCGCAAAAAUCGGUGCACAGUUUUCAUGCAUCUCAUCCCAAUAAUGUUGUUCCAAAUGACAUAUCACCGAUUGAUUCCUAUACUGAUCUCUUUGAACCACCGUCUCCAUUCAUGGACAUCGCUGCUUUGGCUCCGCCUGGCUUCAAAAAUGACAGCCAAAAUCAUGAGUCAAACAAACAACCGCAAUCAUCAAUUCCACAUUUGGACGAUCACAAUGUGCCAGAAAUUGAUGUUGCACAAAACAGUUCACCAUUAAUCGAAUGCAGUGAUUUGUUGGUUUUGCUUGGUGAAAAUUCAUUGGAAUACACAAUGAUGCAAAAACUCAUAAAAUUGUGGCAAAAAGGCAUCCAUCCCAUCAAAGUCGAUGAUUUGUUGGCCAAAAAAUGCAACCGUUUCCAGGCGGCAAAAACAUUCGCAUCACUACUAAAUCUCAAAAAGAAGAAACUGGUUCAAUUGGAGAAUUCGGCAGACGGAAAAAUCGAACACAUUUCCAAGGGAGAUGACUUUGUAUUGAUCGUUGAACCUGAACAUUCACUUUAGAGUGAAACUGCAAAAUUCGGACAGACAACACCACCCACAAAAUACUCAACAUAGUGAAUUUUUUUUGUUUUUCAUUACAUAUAUUUGUUGCUCUCAAUAAUGGCUGUGUCAUUCAGUCAUAAAAUUGUUCAAUAUAUUAUUUAUUCUCCGAUCUAUAUGUCUCAAAGGGAUGAGAUUAAUUUAACAAUAAGUUGAAAAAAAAUGGUUAAAAUUGUACGUUGACAUAAACAAACAACAUCAAAACGAUGUGUUCAUCAAUUUGUGAAUUAUCCAUGAAGGAUAAAUGAAUUAUAUAUGCUUUUGUUUCUGAGGAAGAAACAUUCAUUUUGUUACAUUUAAAAUAUUAUUGAGAGACAACA